AUGAAUAAAAACGUUCAAAUCAUUUACACCCCUAAAAUUAUUGAACAAACAAUAUAUUAUCAAUAUUUAUUACGUAUAUCGAGAGAAUAUGAAACAAGACUUGAUCAUAUUAGACAUCAAAUAGAUGAAAUACAAAAACAAUUACCAUUAACAAAACGAUUAUUACAUUUUCAACAAAUUCAAGCAGCUUUUCUUCUUUAUAAGGAUUUAAGACAACGUUUAGUUGUUAUUGAACCAGAAUUAUUACAUUUAAAUGAUGAAAUACAAAAUCUUUAUAAUUUUAUUAGAAUAUCAAAUGAUCUUCGAGAAAAAUUUCAUAGUCAUAAAAGUGCAACUGUUAUUGUUAAUGAUAUAAAACGUAAUUUAGCUAAUCUUGAAGAUGUAUUAAGUCAAUGUUCAAUUGAAUCACGAACAAGAUAUGAUGGAGAUAUGAGUGAAAUGAAAGUUCAAUUAGAACGAAUGAUGGAAGUGGAAAAACGUCUUGAAAGUAUUGGAGAUGUUUAUUUGAACACAGAACCAUUAAUUAAACGUUUAGCAACUUAUAAUUUAUAUGAUUUACAAUCAACUGAAGCACCAUUAGAAAGUUUUCAUCGUAAAUGGACAUCACUUAAAAGAGAUAUUUUACGAAGUGAACAAAUUCUUCAUCAAAAUAUUAUUAAUAAUUUACCAUCAAGACAAGCUUGUAAAGAAAUAACUUUAUUUAUUGAUGCAAUUAAACGUUUAUUGGAUGAUGAUCAUGGUGCACCUAUUAAUAAUAGAGAAACUUUACAAAAAUUACUUAAACGAUAUCGAGUAAAUUAAUCUUGUCUUAUUCAUUUUUGUUUUCGUAAAGAAACACUUACAUAAUUCAAUGAAGCAUAAGUCGAGCGUGAUAAAAGUUUGGCGACUUUGUUUUGCAUAUACCUUCGUGAAUGUGUUUUAUGUUGAGAUAUCCUCGUCUGAAGAAAAAAAAUCUGUGUUGACCUUCUAGCUCUUUUACCUGAUAGCAGGAUUUUUGGCGACUACUGUGCUACUCAAUUAGAUUCUAUUAACUUGUUGAUAUUUGAGCAGGAUUCAGUGAUUAUUUCUGUUUGAUAGUUUAGUAACAAAUCUCAAUUUAUAUCUUUUUUUUUUGCAACGUCAACUUAAGUAUAUGCUGUAAAUCUAUGAUGUAGCUAUCUGUGCAACAAACUCACUGCAUAUUUUUGAGUUACAUUGAUAGAAACUCUCUUUCUUUUUGGAUGUUGUGUUAUAACUUGACAAAACUUCUUACAUUUAAACUUAGAAUAGAUGAAAAACCGUUCUGUUUUUCAAGCCUCAUUCUACUACUGCUUUAUUUCAAAUAUUUCGUCCAACAAUGAAUGAACUAUAACUCGAACAGUUCCUUUAAUAGAAAGCGAGCUGUCCGAAAAAUUUAAUUCUGUUUUGGAAUCGACAUUUUAGUAACACAAAUAAAUAAUAUAUAUUAUCAAUUUGACUUGGUGAUAAACGUGUGUAUCUUUGAGUAAAUGUCAACACAGAUCAACUAAAUAAUCUUUCACCGAAUCCAAUAGUCGCUGGCAUAGCAACUACUCUCCUAUCUACUAUUGAUAAUAAUGAGAAAUUACGACGAAUUUCAUUACUAGACCAGAACUUCAUUGAAUCACGAUCAAUGAAGUAAUUUAGAUGUUGUAUUCUGCAUAUGCAGAACACAUGUCAUAUGGCGUUCUCUGAUAGUAAUAGACUGCCAUGGUUGAGUGGCUAUGUUGUUCGACAUACAUUCAGAAGGUACUACAUUCAAACCUUAAUAUCAUCAGACAUGGAAUGAUUCUAAACAAGUCACCGACCACUGUUUGCCUCGUAUCACUCGUCCGAUAGUAUGCUGACUACCUUGUGACAUAGACCUGCUCUUGUGAUCAAUUAGUAUGUAUGGGGAGUCCAAGUAAUUGAGUGCAAGAACUCUGUGUCAGAUUAGCUUUCUGUCCAGAGCUACAGAUAGGUUUAGUCGUAGAGAAGAUAUAGGACUACUGAACUUGCCACGAUGCAGCACUUCAUACUGUAAACUAACCGAAUGGUAGGAGUAUUCUUCCUUCCUGAUAGUAACAAGAGUAACAUAUUGAAAAUUUUCUAAUAGGAAGAGAAUCUGAAAUUGCAAGCAAAUUCGACAAUCAUCGUUAAAUAUAAAUUGACGAG